CUUUAAAAGUUUAAGCUUCCUAGUUUUGCUGUUUUCUUCACAUGCCAUUACUAUUUUAUUCUUCUAAGUUUCAUUGUUACUUGUGAAUCAAACCAUUGAAAAGUUCUUCACUUGGCCUUCAAAAGUCAAUGCCUCUCUCUGCAUUUGCAUUGUAUUAUGUAAGAAAACUCUCAGAAAUAACCUGAAUCAGUGACAAAGCCACACCAGAACCAUCAAUGGUUAACUCCUUCAAAUACCCUUAGAAGCAAAAAAAUUGUUAAGCCAUCUUUCACCAAUCACCUUAGAAACCUUAGAAAAUCAGUGACACCAUGUGUUGCAGAGACCGCUGCAUACGUUGCAUUUGCUGCACAUUCAUCACCCUCGUAUUGCUGUUCAUAGUUUUCUCAAUCAUCUUCUGGAUAAUCAUCUCUCCAUCAAACGUGAAGUUCCAUGUAACUGAUGCCUCCAUCACACAAUUCAACCUCACAAACAACAACACCUUGUAUUACAACUUCAAGGUCAACGGCACAGUGAGAAACCCCAACAACAACAUCGUAGUGUACUAUAGGAGGAUCAAAGCGAUAGCUUGGUACAAAGACAAUGAUUUUGGUCGGGUAACCUUAACACCCUUUGACCAAGGCCACAAGAACACCACCGUCCUUCAGGUAUUGUUUGAAGGGCAAAGUUUGCUUAAGCUCAGACGUCAACAACUUGGUGAGUAUAAAGAAGAGACAAGUGUCGAGGUUUACAAUGACAUGGCUGUGGAUUUUGAUUUCAGAAUCAGAGCCAAGUUUGGAAAGUUCAAGAGUAGUCGUUUCAAUCCUCCCAUCGUUCAGUGUCGGCGUUUGAGUGUUCCUUUGAUUUCUAAGGGUAAAUCAUCACCUCCUUUUAGCGUCAGAAACUGUAGAGUUGGUCGUUCUUUCUUUGUUGAUCGUGAUGCUGAAGCUGAAUGAAACUUCUAUAUAUAACACCCUAUAUUGUCAA